GCCGCAGCCGAGUGGAGACCUUCAGUCUCGCUUUAUUUCUGGAUAUUGGGGGACCUCUCUACCAUGUCAUAUCCACAAUUUGGAUAUCCAUAUUCGUCUGCUCCACAAUUCCUGAUGACAACCAACUCUUUGACCACUUGCUGCGAGUCCACAGGCAGAUCCAUAGCCGACUCCGGGGUAGCGGCAUCCGGACAGACACCAGUAUACUGUCCCGUGUAUGAGAGCCGGCUGCUGGCCACAGCGAGACAUGAACUGAGCUCAGCCGCCGCACUGGGCGUGUACGGUAGCCCCUACACCGGCGGUCAAGGCUAUGGGAAUUACGUUACUUAUGGCACGGACGCGUCGGCUUUCUACUCGCUGGGGACAUUUGAUACUAAAGAUGCCACAGCUUCUGCGCAUGCGGGAAUAACUCAGGCAACUGCCUAUUACCCUUAUGAUCCUACCUUGGGACAAUAUCAGUAUGACAGAUAUGGCUCCAUGGAUGGGGGAACAAGGCGAAAGAAUGCCACCCGGGAGACAACUAGCACCCUGAAGGCCUGGCUGCAGGAACACAGGAAGAACCCGUACCCGACAAAAGGGGAGAAGAUCAUGCUGGCCAUCAUCACUAAAAUGACCCUGACACAGGUCUCCACCUGGUUUGCCAAUGCCAGGAGGAGGCUCAAAAAGGAGAACAAGAUGACAUGGCCGCCCAGAAACAAGGGUUCAGAGGAGAAAAGAUAUGAUGAUGAUGAGGAUGGGUCUCAGGAAGAGCAGAUAAAAAGCGAGAAUAAUGAUGAUGAGACCAGAAGUCGGACUGAUAAGGAUCUCCAGCUGAGCGACCUGGAUGAUUUUGACACGAUGGAGUCUGAAAACUCUGAGUGUGAGCUGAAGCACAGAUACCACAUGAACACACACAUGUCAACGACGACAACCGACUGCCCUGCCGAUCACCUUAUCAAGAACGCGUCUCUGAAAAUAUCCCAUGAGCAGGACUUGAGCAAAAGUUGUCUCAAAACGAACCCGGAGGACUUCCAGCCGGACAGCAGACAGCAGGCAAAGUCGUGUUAUAACCAGCAGCAACAAGGGCACCAGAUUUUAGACGGCAAACCUCGGAUCUGGUCUUUGGCGCAGACCGCCACGUCCCUGAACCAGACUGAAUACCCGUCCUGUAUGCUGAGGUGCCAGCCGCCGCCCUCCUCCCUCAGCCCGUCACCCGCCGCUACCUCACCAGUGACCGGCCUGGACAACAGGCAGGACUCGCCGGUCACGACGCUGAGAAAUUGGGUGGACGGGGUUUUCCACGACCCCUUGUUCAGGCACAGCACUUUGAGCCAGGCUUUGACCAACACUACCGUCUCUUGGACCUCGAACACCAAAGGCGCCAUUCUGGAGGCUGAGAGGAGUGCGGCGGCAUUGCAGCAGCAUCAAGACUCCCCCAAAGAUAAUGCCAUGAGUUUCCCAAAAACUAUCAACAAACUUUUCUGCUCUUAAAAUAACCAAAACGACCCUUUACUGCAAAAAGGGAGACUUUUUUGUGACUGAAAGCUGGAUAGAAAAGCCUAUUGCGUCUCCAUGAAUCCUUUAUGUUUGAUUCGUUUCUAAACAACUGUAGCCAUAUAUACUGUUAUACUGGAGUUACAGAAGUGAAAAGUCCGGAUCAGUUUGGUUUAUUUUAUUUCAACACACGCACAAAACUAAUCAAAAUGUAUAAUUAACAGUUUACAACUUGGGAGAAAAGUAGGCCUAAGGUUAACGAUAUUUGUUUGUUUUCUUUCCUCUGCGCAUGCAAAUGUAAUUGAAUAUUAUUUAAGUCUCAGCAGAUGAUUAUCACUGUUUAAAAAAAAAAGUCUCACAAAUGCACUGCUCUCUAAUGAAGUGGAUGAGAGCGUUUA